AGCUCAGAUGAGAAAAUAUUCAAAGAUAGAGAGAAAGGAAACAGGAAAUGUUAGUGUUCCUCAGAGAAAGUGUUGGAGAAAAGAAGUAAUUAUAGAGAGUCAGAAAAGAGCAUCUGUGCAGGCAUGCUGAAGUACCUCUGUGCCACCUCGUUUGCCCUUUUUCUGCAUGUUGCUGGCGAAUUCACAUCUACGGAACACUCUACCACAACAUUCAUUGAACCUACUGCUAUAGCACCUUCUGGUGAUGAAGAGAAUGAAGUACUUGAUCCCACAGUGGAAUACCUGAGUAAUGAGAGUUUAGAGACAACAACAUCAAAUGAUAAUAGCUCAUUGCACCCCAAUACUAUAAGCAUUAUGACAAUCCUGCUCUUCAUCAUUCCUAUAGUUGUCCUGCUGCUGCUAAUACCACUGAUUUAUUACAUUAUUAAACGGAAACGAUGGAGAAAGGAGGAUGAAGAUAGGACCAGAGAUGAAAACAUCAAAAGCCCUAUAUUUGAAGAAGAUACACCAUCUGUCAUGGAAAUUGAAAUGGAAGAGCUCGACAAGUGGAUGAACAAUAUGCGUAAAAAUGGUAGUCGUUUGUCCAUAUUAGAAGAAGAAAGCAAAUUCCAAAUGAGUGACAAUGAGCAUGACGACGCCAGUGUUGAAAAUGACCGUUGAUGGCUCUUGAAUGAUGCAAGGUGAAAAGAUUUGAAGAAAGAAAU